UUCUAGAUUCUCCAUACCAUCUGGAAUAUUUUUAAUUCUGUUCUUUUAAUAUAACAAGUGACAAGCUCAUAAAUUUCAAGAACUGGAAUUUUUUUCUCUUAGCAAUUUUCUUUCCCACAAAAAGAUUUUCUUUGGAAUCAAACACCUACUUCACGAUCCAUGUCAAGUUCAAGUACUUCUGGUAUAGAACAGUAUCCUGUUAAAUAUGUUCACUCAAUUUCUGAGGCAGGCAGGUUACUCCCUUCAGCAAGUAAAUGGGCUUCCAUAGAACUUGACUUCCAUUUAGUUCCAAAAUCUAAUACUGCCUGUGAUUCACUCUCAUCUCAGUAUUCUAAAUCAAUUGAAUAUGAACUUGUUAUCACAGAUAAACAGUACUUCAAAAGGUUUCUUUACAUUUCACUUGCUAUCGUUUUUCUUGUCGUAGCAGUUAUUCUAUUAGUUCACUUCUUGCCCCAAAAGCAUAAGCACCAUCGAAGUUCAAAGAAUCUCACACUUGCCUUGAACCAAGCUUUGAUGUUUUUCGAUGCACAAAAAUCUGGGAAUUAUCAGAGCAAUAGUCCUGUUAAAUUCCGUGGAAAUUCAGGUUUGCAGGACGGGGAUUCCAUUCCGGGUCGUCUUGUGGGUGGCUUUUAUGAUUCUGGCAAUAAUAUCAAAUUCAGUUUCCCUACUGCUUAUACCAUAACUCUUUUGAGUUGGACUGUAAUUGAGUAUCAUGAGAAAUAUGCUGAUAUUGGUGAGCUUGAUCAUGUCAGAGACAUUAUCAGGUGGGGCAGUGAUUACUUGCUCGAAGUUUUUGUUCCACCCAAUUCGACUUCAGAUCCCUUUACACUAUAUUCCCAGGUUGGAAGUGGUGGUAAUGGCAGUGAAGGUGAUAAUGAUAUAAGUUGCUGGCAAAGACCUGAAGACAUGAACUACAAAAGGCCUGUUUCAUCUUGCGGUGCCGCUGCAGCGUCUGAUCUAGCAGGAGAAAUCGUUGCAGCAUUAUCAGCAGCAUCAAUAGUAUUUAAAGAAGAUAAUGCUUAUUCAGCUCAACUAAUCAACUCAGCGGAAAUUUUGUUCGAGGUUGUGACUAAAAACGACACAGAUCAUAAACAUGGAACUUACACAAGCGUUGAUGAUUGUGGAGGAGAGGCAAGAAGGUUUUACAAUUCAUCUGGUUAUAAAGAUGAACUAGUUUGGGGAGGAACUUGGUUGUUCUUUGCUACUGGCAAUAAUUUUUAUUUUAGAUAUGCUACUGAUCAUUUUAGUGCAGCCAAAGAAGAGGAAAUAGUACCAGAGAAAGGAAUUUUCUAUUGGAACAACAAGCUUACUUCUACUGCGGUUUUGCUAACAAGACUUCUCUACUUUCAUGACAUGGGCUAUCAGAAUGGUUUAGGAUUAGCAUCCAACAUGACUCAUUCGCUCAUCUGCUCUUAUCUUUCUCAUGAUACUUCAAACAGGACACCAGGUGGAUUGAUCCUGUUAAGUCCUAAUAAUGGUAAACCAAUCCAGUUUGCUGCAACAGCAUCUUUUCUCAGUAAAUUGUACAGUGACUAUCUUCAACUUCUACUUAGUUCAGGUUUAAGUUGCAGUACUGAUGAUUUUUCCCUGGAAAUGUUGCGAAUUUUCGCCAUGUCUCAGGUAAAUUAUAUUUUAGGUGAUAAUCCUAUGAAGAUGAGUUACAUGGUAGGGUACGGGGACAAAUAUCCAACCCAUGUUCACCAUAGGGCUGCAUCAAUCCCUUGGGACGGUCAGUACUAUACUUGUGAAGAAGGAGAGAGAUGGUUCAAAUCCAAAGAUCAAAACCCUAAUAUUCUUUAUGGAGCCAUGGUUGCAGGACCAGACCAAUUUGACAACUUCUUGGAUGAAAGAGACAAACCACGGUUCACAGAGCCAAACAUAGCUAGCAAUGCAGGUAUCAUGUAAAGGAAGCUUGAUACAUUAAUUGUCAAGCCUCAAGAAAAUGAAUUGCUGUAAUCUCUGCACAUAUUAUUCACAGCAAAGUACGUGGUUAACAUAUUUUUGUAUGUACAUGAUAUGUUCGAACGAACAGAAAAUUAGCUCGUACUGCAGUGAAUUCUCAAUAUAGCUCACGCAGCUAUUCCCAAAUAUGCAUAUGAAAAGAAAAUGAAGCAGAAACUUGAGGUUAUGUAUAA